AUGGCCGGCGAAGGAGACGGCGUGAAGCUGCUGGGCACGGUGGUGAGCCCGUUCGCGGUCCGCGUGCGCAUGGCGCUGCACCUCAAGGGCGUGAGCUACGAGGACCUGGAGCAGGACGUGUUCGACAAGGGCGACCUCCUCCUCGCCUCCAACCCAGUGCGCAAGAAGGUCCCCGUGCUCCUCCACGCCGGCAGGCCCGUCUGCGAGUCGCUAGCCAUCGUCGAGUACGUCGACGAGGUCUGGGCCGGCGCGGCCCCGCUCCUCCCCGCCGACCCCCACGGCCGCGCCGUCGCGCGCUUCUGGGCCGCCUACGUCGACGACAGGUUGGUCACCGCGAUGUUAGGCAUCCUGCGCGCGACCACCGAUGAGGAGCGGGCGGAGAGGCUCGACGCCGCGCUCGCGGCGGUCAGGCCCUUGGAGGACGCCUUUGCCGAGUGCUCUGGCGGCAAGGCCUUCUUCGCGGGCGACUCCGUCGGGUACCUCGACCUCGCGCUCGGGUGCCACCUCUUCUGGUUCGAGGCGCUGCGCGAGAUGUUCGGCGUGAUGAUCAUCGACGCCGGCAGGACUCCGCGCCUGGCCGCCUGGGCUGGAAGGUUCGCGGAGACGGAGACGGCCGAGAAGGCGGCGUCGCCCAUCAAGAGCCUAGUGGACUACGCCGGGAAGUUGCGGGCUAUCUGGGCUGCUAUUGCCGCGGCUGCCAACUAA